UUAAAGAACAAGCAAGUGUUUGAUCAAUAAACUAAUAGAGUAUUUUCUAAUAUUUGAGAUAAUAUAAAAUAACUAACAAUUUUAAUAUUAUAUGAAUAAAAAAUAUAAUAAUUUAUUUGAUAAUAAAUAUUAGUAUUUUAUAAUUUAUUUUAAUUUUAAAUUAUGUUAAUGUAAUAAAAUUAUAUUUUUUAUAAAAUAUUAAAAAAUAUUAAAAAUAAUCUUUUAUUUUUAAAAUAAUUUUUUGCAGAAGCUCCAAAUUUAAACUUCAGUUUUAUGUUAUAUAUAACACUUUUCGAAUUUUACAAAAGUCAAACUUGUAGAGGUGUUUGUGCUCAACUUCAUAUUUUGAAGUAAGAAAAAAAAAAUACUUAUAAAAGUCGGACAAAACAGGAGGAUGUGUAUGUUACAAUUUAGUUUUGUUUCAUAUAUAUGAGAAUUCAUAGUUGGCAGAGUGAAUAGUAAUGACUAGUAAUCUCUCAUCACAGUUAAUUGACAAAGUGGUAAUACUGAACUCUAUUUCCAAAUAGUGGAGAUUGAAUCCCUAAUGUCGUUGUCAAACUAUUUAUAUCAUUUUUUUUAAAAAUUGGUGUGCAUAGUUUUAUAAAUUGAGCAUUGUGUAUUUGUGUUGCUUACAAUUGUUAAAAAUGCAUAUAAAAGAAGAGGUGAUCUCUUUAUCCGAAUUUCAUGAAGCAUAACAUGAGGCACAUAAGCAUUUUUCCUCCUAACUCUUUUCUUUAUAUCAAAAUCAAACAAGACAGAUAUUCUAUACCAAACUGUUACUAUCCAAAUAAUUUAUUCUACACCAAAUCAAAUGAAUAUCCACCUCUUUAAUCACGCUAUCAUAAAUAAAUAAUAUUUGGAGAUCUUCGUAUAAAGAUGAUGAAAUAUUCAACGCAACUAAAAAUCACAAGAAGAAAAUGUUAGUAUUUAAAAUUUGAUCACACAAACAUUCAACGUUGUUUACAAAGGUGGAAGUUAAUGUGUUGGAUGUGUUGUGUAUCUCAUUGGAAAGCACCUGCCCCUAUAAAUUAAGCCCAACAAUUUGGCGAUAUUUCCUCCUUGUCGUCUCCUCUGUCCUCUCUAUCUAUCAUAUUAUUCUCCUCUAUCUUCCUUCCAUAGGCAAAAUUGGUGUGUCCAAAACAAAACAAACCCAUGAUAUGAACCCCGACGGUGAAGGUAGUAAUAGGAUGGCGGCGGGGGGCAGAAUAGCGGAAAGGGCGGUGGCGAGCUUGGGAAGAGGGUUCGACCUGACCGCCGAUUUGAAUCUCAAGUUUUGCAAAGGGGAGGAGGGGCGGCUGGUCCAGCUGAACGAGGCGCAGGGGAGGAGGGACCUUCCGAUCCCCGGGUACGGAGUGGUGGCGGUGGCGGCGGGCGGCAUCCGCUGCGACAAGGGGGAGCGGGUGAGGCUGCGGCCGGACGUGCUGGAAUUCGGACAGAUGUCGGAGCUUUUCAACCAAAGGUGUUCCGUGUCGGGGAAGAUACCGUCGGGGCAUUUCAAUUCCAUGUUCGGGUUCGAGAGCGGGUCGUGGGGACCCGACGCCCGUAACACCAAGUUGUUGGGGAUGGAUGCCUGUUACAUCAUUCUCUUUAAUCUUCAUAUCGAUCGCUACCCGCUCCGCCUCCGGGACGACGUCCGAGAACAGGUGCCCUCUGCUUGGGAUCCCUCUGCUCUUGCCAGGUUCAUAGAGAAGUAUGGGACACACAUAAUCGUAGGGUUGAGCGUCGGAGGGAGCGACAUGGUGCUGGUGAGGCAAGACAAGUCGUCCAAGCUGUCCCCAUCCCACCUAAAGCAACACCUCGACGACCUCGCCCACCAGCUCUUCACUGGUUCCUGCGCUUACACCCCCAAAUCCAACCGACCACCUACCUCCUCCAAAUUCAAGGCACAUCCGGCUUUUAAUGUGUUCGAUCCGCAGCCUAGCUCAUACGAAAGCUUCUCCGCUAUUACUGAAAAAGAUGGAAUUAGUGUGAUGUGCAAGAGGAGAGGAGGGGAUCCAAGUGUAAGCAGCCACUGCGAGUGGCUUCCAACGGUGGCGUCAAUGCCAGACGCCAUUCAUUUCGACUUCAUCCCCAUCACCUCUCUCCUUAAAGGCGUUCCCGGCAAAGGCUUCCUCUCCCAUGCCAUCAACCUUUACCUCAGAUACAAGCCACCUUUAUCAGAUCUGCAAUACUUCUUGGACUUCCAGUCCCACAAGAUGUGGGCUCCCAUUCACAAUGACCUCCCACUGGGCCCAACCGGGAACAUGAGCAAUUCGGCCCCAUCUCUCAACUUCACUUUCAUGGGCCCGAAACUCUACGUGAAUACAGACAAGGUUGUAGUUGGAAGCAGAGCAGUUACUGGAAUGCGAUUCUUUCUGGAAGGCAGGAAAAGCAACAGGUUAGCCAUACAUCUGCAACACCUUUCCACCACACCAACAAUGCUAAUACUGGGCUUGGCAAAGGCAAGCAGGAUCACCCCCUCCUCUGCCAUCUGGCACUCCUCCGACCAGACACCCAACCACCACGCCUACUUGGAACACAUCAACGGCAAGAACUUCGCCCACGUAUGCACCGCCCCCGUCAUACACCAGGACACUAAUUCCUACAUCGUCACCGGCGCCCAACUGCACGUUAACAAACACCACGCCGGCUUCCGCGUCCUCCACCUCCGCCUCCACUUCACCGAGGUCGCCGCAUGCUUCAUCGUCCAAUCCACCUGGGCCACCCUAUCGCAAUGCUCAUCUUCACCUUCUUCCUCGGACCUCGCCAUGGCGUCGCCCAUAUCUGGUCGGCUGUUCUCGCCCAACAACGACCAACAGGCCGACACAAUGGUUGUCCUUGAUUCCGGGGUGUUCCCGACGGGGCCGCCGCCGCCGGUGCACGCUCAAAGAAUGUUCAAGUUUGUGGAUACGUGUCAGAUGAGUAAGGGCCCACAGGAUAGCCCGGGGCAUUGGUUGGUGACGGGAGCCAGGUUAGGGGUUGAAAGAGGAAAGCUUUGUAUGCAAGUCAAGUUCUCCUUGUUGAAUAUCAAUGCUAGUGAUGUUACUAGCUAGUACUAGUUAAUUAGUAAAUAUUUUGCUGCAAAUCCUUGUUGAUUAAUUUGACUUUCCCUCAUAUUAUCCUAGUUAGUAAAAUGAAUUCCUAAAGUUAUACUUUAAUUACCGAAAAGCCCGACUUUAGCAUAAAGUGGUCUCAUUUCACGUGUGUUUACGAGCAAAGUGUUUGUAAACGCAUCGCUUUAAAUGAAGCAACUCUUUAAUCCAAAAUGACUAAGGUAAGAAGCGCUUUUUGUAUUUAAACGCUACAAGUCUAGCACUUUAGUCAAAAGCUUUCGCUCGAAACGUUUUAGAGGAAAGGUGCAAGGGCGGACCCAAGUAUAAGUAAGGUGCAUCAGACAGCUCAAAAAUUUAGUUAGAAACCUAGAUUUUUCCGGCACGAAAAUGAAAUUCCAAGACCUCCGACACAACUUCGAUUUUUUUAGCCGACACAUCUCCAUCAAAUCGUGUUGUUAAUAAACUUUAUAAGUAUUUUAGAAUUACUUUAAUUUUAAUUUAUAGUUAUAACUAUGAAAAUAGAUUUAAUACUUCAAGGUUUAUAUUUUAAUUAGUAGUAUUAGUGAUUCAAGCCAAAUUGUACAUUUUUAUACUCCUGUUUCUUGGUCGUUUGACUUGUGUUCAGUGGCGUAGCCAGGAAUUAUACCAAGGUGGAUAAAAAAAAACAUAAUAUAUAUUAAUCUUUUACAAUAACCCACGAUGUGUUUUCAUAGUCUGAAAAGUAUCUAGAAUACAUUAAUCAUACAAACUAUGACGGAUGUCACUCUCAAUGUAAUUAACCAAAAAAUCAUUCAUGAUGUCAUUUAUUUAUUCUAAAGCAAUAAAUCAAAUAGGAUAUUUGACACACAAUCAAACAAUUAACCAAAAGUAUGUUCACAAUCAAUGAAUCAAUUAUUUGUUCUAAUUUCCCAAUCCAUACUGCCAACUCUAAAACCUAAUUCUCUAUAACUAAAACCAACUCAAUACAUGAAAACCAAUCAAAGUUAAGAAAGCAAGGAUGAGAACCCCAAGCCCGAUGAACGGAUACACCACACAACAGUUGAUUUUUAUCGCCGACUAAACGACUUAUUGUCAAAAUCGAAAGCUCAAAGAACACUCACCAACGAGAGGAAUUGGAGUUGAAAUCGAAGUUAAGGAAAGAGAGACUACGCAAGAUACGGUGGUUGACAAUGGACACCCGAGCAACCAGCGGAGGAAUGAACAAGUUGAGGGAGGAGGUUGUGCAAUUUUUUCUUCGUACAGGGGAAUGGGACGAGGAAGAUCGCUAAUUUUGGGAGGGAAGUCGCCAACAACACUUAGGGAUUGGGAUGGGGGAAAUAGACGAGGUCAUUUUAAUUGAAGUAAUCUGACAUGUUACAAAAUGAUAAGAUAAGUUAAAUGCUAAUAUUAACACUACAAGAAGUAAGUUGCGCGAUGGUUGAAACAAUUUUUGAACUAAGGGAGGUCACUAGUUUGAAACACAAUUCCUGCAGUUGUUAUAUGUAUAUUUUUAACCUAGCCAUACAAGCCUAAGGGGGUGUAGCCGACCUCCCUUGGGUGGUUUUGGCUCCGCCACUGCUCUGUGUUCAUCGUCCAUGGAGUCAUUUUGCGUUAGGUUUAGCAUGUAUGAUUAACUUUCUUGUUCUAGCCGGUGAAAUUGGUAUAAGAAACGAAAGUUGGACAAAAGGGAGCCAAAAGGGGACAAAAUGAUAAAAAUGUCGAAGCUCACUGUUCAGAGCUUGCCUAUUUCGAAACACCAUUCUAGCAUUUGCUAUAUGUAUAUUUUUUAGUUGGGCCUUGCCACCCCGGGGGCGGGGGGUGCAGCCGACCUCCCUUGGGUGGUUGUGGCUCCGCCACUACUUGUGUUCAUCGUCCAUGUAGUUAUCUUACGUUAGGUUUUGCAUGUAUGAGUGUUUCUUGUUAUAGCUGGUAAAAUGAACUAAAGUUGGACAAAAGGGAGCCAAAACGAGACAAAACGAUAAAAAUGUCAAAGCUCA